AUGUUGUCAAGACUUUUCCGAAUGCAUGGCCUUUUUGUGGCCUCCCAUCCCUGGGAAGUCAUAGUGGGGACGGUGACACUGACCAUCUGUAUGAUGUCCAUGAACAUGUUUACUGGUAACGAUAAGAUCUGUGGUUGGAAUUAUGAGUGUCCCAAGUUUGAAGAGGAUGUUUUAAGCAGUGACAUCAUAAUUCUGACGAUAACACGAUGCAUAGCGAUCCUGUAUAUUUACUUCCAGUUCCAGAAUUUACGUCAACUUGGAUCAAAAUAUAUUUUGGGUAUUGCUGGCCUCUUCACGAUUUUCUCAAGUUUCGUAUUCAGUACGGUUGUCAUUCAUUUCUUGGAUAAAGAAUUGACAGGCUUGAAUGAAGCUUUGCCCUUUUUCCUACUUUUGAUUGACCUUUCCAGAGCAAGUGCACUAGCAAAGUUUGCCCUCAGUUCCAACUCACAGGAUGAAGUGCGGGAAAAUAUCGCUCGUGGAAUGGCAAUUUUAGGUCCCACGUUCACCCUUGAUGCCCUUGUAGAAUGUCUUGUGAUUGGAGUUGGAACCAUGUCAGGGGUGCGUCAACUUGAGAUUAUGUGCUGCUUUGGCUGCAUGUCAGUUCUUGCCAACUACUUUGUGUUCAUGACUUUCUUCCCAGCUUGCGUUUCCUUGGUUUUAGAGCUUUCUCGGGAAAGCCGUGAGGGUCGUCCGAUUUGGCAGCUGAGCCAUUUUGCUCGAGUUUUAGAAGAAGAAGAAAAUAAGCCAAAUCCUGUUACUCAGAGAGUUAAGAUGAUUAUGUCUCUAGGCUUGGUUCUUGUUCAUGCGCACAGUCGCUGGAUAGCUGAUCCUUCGCCUCAAAACAGUACGGCAGAAAACUCUAAGGUUUCUUUAGGAUUGGAUGAAAGUGUGUCCAAGAGAAUUGAACCAAGUGUUUCCCUCUGGCAGUUUUAUCUCUCUAAAAUGAUCAGCAUGGAUAUUGAACAAGUUAUUACCCUUAGUUUAGCUCUCCUUCUGGCUGUCAAGUACAUCUUCUUUGAACAAGCUGAGACAGAAUCUACACUCUCAUUAAAAAACCCUAUCACAUCUCCUGUAGUGACCCCCAAAAAAGUCCCAGAUGAUUGUUGUAGACGUGAACCUGUACUGGUCAGAAAUAGCCAGAAAUUCCAUGCAGUGGAGGAAGAGACCAGGAUAAACAGAGAAAGAAAAGUUGAGGUCAUAAAACCUUUAGUGGCAGAAACUGACACCUCCAGCAGAGCUACAUUUGUGGUUGGUAACUCUUCCUUACUUGAUACUUCACUGGAACUAGAGGCACAGGAACCUGACAUUGAACUUCCCAUCGAGCCUCGGCCUAAUGAAGAAUGUCUACAGAUACUUGGGAAUGCAGAGAAAGGUGCAAAAUUCCUUAGUGAUGCUGAGAUCAUCCAAUUAGUUAAUGCUAAGCAUAUCCCAGCUUACAAGUUGGAAACUCUGAUGGAAACCCAUGAACGAGGUGUAUCUAUUCGCCGACAGUUACUGUCCAGAAAACUUCCAGAGCCUUCUUCUCUCCAGUAUCUACCUUACAGGAACUAUAAUUACUCCUUGGUGAUGGGAACUUGUUGUGAGAAUGUUAUUGGAUAUAUGCCCAUCCCUGUUGGGGUGGCAGGACCUCUGUGCUUGGAUGGAAAAGAAUACCAGGUGCCGAUGGCGACAACAGAAGGUUGUCUUGUGGCCAGCACUAACAGAGGCUGCAGAGCAAUAGGUCUUGGUGGAGGUGCCAGCAGCCGAAUCCUUGCAGAUGGGAUGACCCGUGGCCCAGUGGUGCGUCUCCCCCGUGCUUGUGACUCCGCAGAGGUGAAGGCCUGGCUGGAGACACCUGAAGGGUUCACAGUGAUAAAGGAGGCUUUUGACAGUACCAGCAGAUUUGCACGUUUACAGAAACUUCACAUGAGUAUGGCUGGUCGCAACCUUUAUAUCCGUUUCCAGUCCAGGUCAGGUGAUGCCAUGGGGAUGAACAUGAUUUCAAAGGGCACAGAGAAGGCACUUUCAAAACUUCAUGAGUAUUUCCCUGAAAUGCAGAUUCUAGCAGUCAGCGGUAACUAUUGUACUGACAAGAAACCUGCAGCUAUAAAUUGGAUAGAGGGAAGAGGGAAGUCUGUGGUUUGUGAAGCUGUCAUUCCAGCCAAGGUUGUCAGAGAAGUAUUAAAGACGACUACGGAAGCUAUGAUUGAGGUCAACAUUAAUAAGAAUCUGGUGGGCUCUGCCAUGGCCGGGAGCAUUGGAGGUUACAACGCCCAUGCGGCGAACAUCGUAACCGCCAUCUACAUUGCCUGUGGACAGGAUGCAGCACAGAAUGUUGGUAGUUCAAACUGUAUUACUUUGAUGGAAGCAAGCGGCCCCACGAAUGAAGAUCUGUAUAUCAGCUGCACCAUGCCGUCUAUAGAAAUAGGAACUGUGGGCGGUGGGACCAACCUGCUCCCUCAGCAAGCUUGUUUGCAGAUGCUAGGUGUUCAAGGAGCAUGCAAAGACAACCCUGGGGAAAAUGCCCGGCAGCUUGCCAGGAUCGUGUGCGGUACAGUAAUGGCCGGGGAAUUGUCACUGAUGGCAGCGUUGGCAGCCGGACAUCUUGUCAAAAGUCACAUGAUUCACAACAGGUCAAAGAUAAAUUUACAAGACCUCCAAGGAACUGGCACUAAGAACGCUGCUUGA